GGAAAAAUUGAAAAACCCAAAGGCUGCGCACCGUUUCGUUUCCGCAUUCUUUUUCUUGCUUUCUUUCCAGUCGGUGGACCGUGGUUGGCGAGAGAGCUAGGGCUUUUGAGAAGAACAAGCUGAAAAUGGAGUCGGUGGCAGAGAAGAAGGAAAUAGAGAAUAACAACAACAGCAACGGUGAUAACGCACAGCCAAUUCUCGAUUCUUCUUCUUCUUCUCCAUUGUCAGCCACUGCUGAUUACACCAAUGCCUAUAACAACAACAACAAAGAAGCCCGAGAUUUCCGUGAACGCCAAGCUCACGACCUCAAAGCUGGCCUUCAUCCCCUCAAGUACAAGUUUGUAUUUUGGUACACUCGUCGAAACCCUGGAGUUCGAACACAAACAUCAUACGAGGACAACAUAAAGAAAAUUGUAGACUUCAGUACGGUUGAAGGUUUCUGGGUCUGCUAUUGCCACUUGGCCCGCCCUUCUUCUUUGCCGAGCCCAACAGAUUUGCAUAUUUUCAAGGAGGGAAUCCGCCCUCUAUGGGAGGACUCUGCUAACUGCAAUGGUGGUAAGUGGAUAAUACGGUUCAAAAAGGUUGUGUCAGGUCGCUACUGGGAAGAUCUGAUUCUUGCCUUAGUAGGUGAUCAACUUGAUUAUGGAGAUAACAUCUGUGGUGCGGUACUAAGCAUUCGUUUCAACGAGGAUAUAUUAAGCGUGUGGAACCGCAAUGCAUCUGAUAAUCAGGCUGUAAUGGCUCUAAGAGAUGCGAUCAAACGGCACUUAAAGCUUCCUCACAGCUAUGUUAUGGAAUACAAGCCUCAUGAUGCUUCUCUGCGUGACAACUCAUCCUACAGAAACACAUGGUUGAGAGGGUAGAGCUCUGUGCUGGAUUCUCUCACUAUGCAACCAGAGGAGCAAUUUGAGGAGGCUUCCUGUCAACAACACUGCUAUGUAGGAAGUUCAUUCACUGAUUGCAAUCUGUUAAUCCCGCACUACAAUCUAACAACUAUGUGGGGUGUUUAUUGGUGCCAAUCCUUUGGUUGAACUGCAAGAACACUCAUCUCAACUGAAUUUACAAUCAGUUUCAUGUAUUAAUUACUGGUUUUAUAAUGAAUUUAAUGGUAUCUUACUAUCUUGCAUA